UCACGUACCCCGCCCCAGCCCCGCGCCCCACCCGCUUUGCGGCCUGGUAGUUCUUCUCACUUCUCAGCUUCUCGGAGUUUUGGCUGCCAUCUGCAAUUCAGCUCAUCGGCUCAACAACCCCAGCGGCCUAGUAGGUUUUCAUUUGCCAAUCCUGUAACCCUAAAAGCUGCCUUGAAAACCUAUUUGGAAGAACGAUUUAGAAACAUACAAUAAAACUUCUAAUGGAAAGCAGCAAUGGAAGUACAACUGGAGGCAGAGAGUGGAUGGCUGAGGAUGCCAUUGCUGGAAAUGCAGAGGCGGUCCGUGCUCUUCGGGAACUCAUUAUGUAUCCACUCCUGUAUUCUCAAGAGUCUCAAAAGCUUGGCCUCAAAUGGCCUCGUGGCUUGUUGCUCUAUGGUCCACCUGGUACUGGAAAGACAAGUUUGGUUAGAGCAGUUGUUCAAGAAUGUGGAGCACAUUUGACUGUUAUUAGCCCACACAGUGUCCAUAGAGCACAUACUGGAGAAAGCGAGAGAGUUUUGCGGGAAGCAUUUGCAAAAGCAUCGUCUCAUGCAAACCUUGGGAAGCCAUCUGUUAUCUUCAUAGACGAAAUUGAUGUACUAUGCCCUCGUCGUGAUUCUAGAAGAGAACAAGAUGUACGUGUAGCUUCUCAGCUCUUUAUGUUGAUGGACUCUAAUAAGUCCGUUUCAACAUCUGGAUUACAUGUUGUUGUAGUGGCAUCAACUAAUAGGUGGGUUCUACUGAUGUUUCAGGGAAGUAACUUUUUGGUUUCCAUUUUUUCUUGUGUUGUAUUCAAAUAAAGUACAAAGAGGUCAUUUUGGUUAUUUUUAUUUACUUUUAAGUUCCAUAUAUUAGUAAAUGCGAUUUACUCUUGACGGAGAAACCCUUUUUUUCCAUCAUUCUCUCAAGUAACCUGUAAUGGCAAUUUGGCAAAUCAAACCCCCCGAUACUAUUCCAAUUUAGGAUAUUUUUUUGACAUGUGGAUUGCAAAAGAAAG